UUUUUGAGAAAUGAAUUUCAAAAACCAAAUGAGUUUUGCUGGAUGUUUCAAGAUGGCCAAACAGGAACAGCUCUGGUCUACAGCUCCCAGCAUGAUCAAUGCAGAAGAAAGGUGAUUUCUGCAUUUCCAACUGAGGUACUUGGUUCAUCUCACUGGGACUGGUUGGACAGUGGGUGCAGCCCACAGAGAAUUAUCCUCGAUACUUGGAUAAUGUCCAUAUAUGGUGCUGAUUUUGGCCAUGUAGCUUUAUUUUAUGUUAUGGUGAGUAGAUUAAAUCUCUGAAAUUUUAGGCUUUGCCAUGUCACUUGCUUUAACCAAAUAAAUAUUUACUGGUGUGACACAAGCAAACACCUGAAGCAUA